AUGUUUUCAGUCGACGGUAAAAUUAGUGUUGGCGGAGACGCUCUCCAAACCAUUUCGAAGUCUUCUCGGCCAGGAGAGAAAAUUAUUGAGAAUGUGGAAACUGGCGAGACCUCUUGGCAUCCCACCGUCGCGGAAGAAAAAGCAUUGCUAAGAAAGAUUGAUUGGCGGUUGAUGCCAUUACUGACGGCUUCCUAUUUCUUGCAAUUCCUCGACAAAACCAGUCUCAACUAUUCUUCAGUAAUGGGCUUAAUUACUGAUACUGAGCUUAAAGGCCAGGAAUAUUCAUGGCUGGGAAGUGCUUUUUAUUUCGGCUAUCUGAUUGCUAACUACCCAGCAUCUCUGGGAUUCAUCAAAUUUCCUCUGGCCAAAUACCUCUCAGUAUCAGUUGUCCUCUGGGCGAUUGUGCUAGGCUGUCAUGGAGCUGCAAGUAACUUUAUUGCAUUGUGUGUUCUCCGCGUCCUCUUAGGAGUAACGGAGAGUACUAUCAGCCCUGGUUUUAGCUUGUUGACUGGAAUAUGGUAUAAGCCUUCCGAACAUGCUUGGAGACACGGCAUAUGGUUCUUAGGAAACGGCAUCGCCAAUACUUUUGGAGGCCUACUUGCGUACGGUAUUGCUCAUAUUGGAGGAAGUCUGGAGCCGUGGAGAUGGUUGUUUAUCAUAUUUGGAUUGAUUACCGCCCUAUGGGGAGUCAUACUCUACUUCACUUUGCCUGAUUCUCCCUUGACUGCUCGAUUUCUGACACAACGCGAGCGAAAAAUCGUUGACCGACGACCACAAAAGAUACUACAUAGUUUCAAAACGGAUAAGUGGUCAAGAUCCCAAUGCAUUGAGGCAUUGAUUGAUCCCAAAACAUGGCUUAUAUCCCUGAUCAUUGGUGUCUCCUCAAUCACCAAUGGUGUAGUUAGUAAUUUCGGAGCUCUCAUCAUCAAGUCCUUUGGCUUUGACGAACUGAAUACUAUUCUACUCGGCAUACCCUACGGAGGUUUCCAAAUUGUUGCUGUAAUUGCCGCGACCUACGCCGCUUCAAAAGUCCGCAGAUCUCGUCUUAUAAUUAUCAUUGUAGGAUUUUUCCUUGCAUUGUUCGGUAUCUUGCUAGUCAGAGAAAUUCCAACAUCCAAAAGAUAUGGACGCUUAAUUGGAUGCUGGAUGAUGGUUUGGUUUUCUUCCGGUUUCCCUCUGCUUUUGAGCUUGAUGGCAAGCACAGGAUUCACCAAGAAAACCACCGUCAACGCCAUGUUCUUUAUCGGAUACUGUGCCGGCAACAUUGGCGGACCUCAAUUAUUUAAAUCUGCCGAAGCACCAAAUUACCACACUGCAUACAAUGGCAUGAUUGCUUGUCUGGUCAUUGCAAUCGCGCUGUCCAUUGUGCUCAGGCAGUAUAUGGACUGGGAGAAUAAACGGCGCGAUCGUGAGCAGGGAGUUUAUAUCGAUCCCGAACCUAAACAUGUGGUGGACAUUGAUGAGGUAGAUUUGACAGGUGAGCGUGUUGUAUUGACUGAUUGGGAGAACAAGACGUUCCGUUACUAUUUGUAA